AUGGCCGUUCGAUAUCCUAACGCAUUUCAAACGCCAUCAAGAAAUGUCAAUGCUAACAGAAACCAUACUUUAUCGGAAUUGAGCACAUAUGGAGCCGUCAAAACAACAUCCGCAGCAAAGAUCAUUGUAGUUGUUGUGUUCACAGUCGUUGUUGUAACUUUGCUUGCUGCUGCGAUUACAGUACCAUUAGUAUUGGCACUAACCAACACAGGUCCUUUUGCAACAACUAAAUCAAGUGGCACGACUACCACCGCAGUCACGACUACAACAGUAGUCACAACUGCUUCGACAACAACUAAUUCAUUUUCUGAAUGUUCUUCGUACACAAACAUCUCUGAUGCAACACGGUUAACAACAGCUUCCGGUGGUAGUGCAUGCGAUUCAUCAAUAUUUUCUUCAAGCACAACAUGGGUUCGAUUUACUGGAUCAGGCGGAACGCAACUUGCCACGACUGCUCCGUCUGCAAAUCAGUGUGGUACGCAAGCAAGUGGUUGGUAUUCCAGUUCGUUACCAUCAUCAGGGUCAUCUAUUAAUGGAACAGCGUGCUAUGUGUGGGGUUCUAACAAUUGUAAUUGGUCAAAUGCAGUAAGAGUGACCAAUUGUGGCUCAUUCUAUGUAUUUGGUCUCGUUACUCCACCCGUUUGCAACGCUCGAUAUUGCACUGUAUGA